AACAAAAAUAUGGUGCGCAUAGGUCUCCAGAUUCAAGCUAAUCUAGAAAAUGUCACGAACCUGCGUCCAGAAGGAGAUGAUUUUAGAUGGUAUUUAAAGUUGAAGUGUCAGAAUUGCCAGGAAGAAAGCAAGUCCUUUGUUUACAUAUCGCUUCUGGAAAGUCAUCCCUUGAAAGGAGGUCGCGGUUCAGCAAGUUUGGUUUCAAAAUGCAAAUUAUGUAGCAGAGAAAAUUCAAUAGAUAUUUUGAAAGACACAAUAAAAUCCUAUGACAUUGAGGAUAACAACCAGAUGAAAACAAUUGUAGGGUUUGAGUGCCGAGGAAUGGAACCUGUUGAUUUCUCACCCAGGGUUGGGUUUGUUUGCUCUGGUGUUGAAUCAUCAUCAACCUUCCAAGUGGACUUGACGGAAAAGGAAUGGGUAGACUAUGACGAGAAUGCACAGGAGUCUGUUGGUGUAUACGAAGUGGAAUGGACCUUUGUCAAAUUAUAGAUUUUAGUAUUAAAAUAACAUAGCAAAAUUAUAAAUUUGUGAACAAAAUUUAUGUAUUAUAUAAUAUAAUGGCUAAAGCUAUUAUAUCUGAACUUAAGUGGAAUGUUGUCCUUAACAGUUUGUAAUAAAAUAGAGGACUAAAUGUAGUGCUUUGAUAAAUAGAGCUUUAUUUCUGCUGAGAUUAAACAAAGAACACUGUACACAGCAAACACCACACAGCAACAAUUGUUAUAUGAAAAAUAUUUCUGGUUACUGUUAGCUUCAUUUGGGCAAAUUCAGCAUUUUUAGUCACUACAUUGUUUUAUUGGAACAGUUUAUUUUAUUUAGUUAUAUAAUUUAUUUAAAAGCAGUUACAUAUUAAUCAUAUCUGCCCACAAGUAUUCAGCUUUUACAAUGAAUUUGUUAAAUUUAGAUACUUGUAUGCAUACAUCAGUAAGUGUUACCUAAAGAUUAUGAAUAGCAGCAAGAACAUAUUGUUGCAAUCAGAAUUCGAACCAAAAACCUUCAGAUAUCAUGACAUAGUAUGUCAGUAUACGCUUUAAUUUUCCUAUUAAGAUUCAGGUUUUCAGGUUGUUACUGGAAAGUAUUUGUUUUAUUUAAUUCUGUGUGGAGAAAAAGCUUUAUUCGUGUCAUACCAACUAGAUAAUACAGUACAUAUUUUGGAGUAAAAACCUAUCGUUUAAGUAAAAAUAGAGUAGGAACAGUAUUUUUUAUCGGUCAACAUUAACCAAACCAUAAAUAUGAUUGGAUUAAACAGUAUGGCUAGGCCUAGCCUGUGCCUAUAAAUAUUGUAUUCAAUGACGAAGGAACUUUGCUGGCUUAACGAGGUUUGCACAUGUUCAAAGUACACAUGAGAUUGCAACGGUAAUUAGACAAAAAUAAACUUUUUCAUUCGAGCCUGACCGACCAAAAUUUUAUAAAUGUAGGGUCAGGUUUUUAAACAAUGCUUUUUGGUGUUUUUUUUUUUAUUAUAGAGGACCUAAGGCGACUUUUUAAGCUUCAAUUGUUAAUGUUGAUACCUCUCACAUUAAAUACUUUUUCUCUGAA